AUGCCUCACACCCACUCACCAGGGGCCACAUGCCUCACACCCACUCACCAGGGGCCACAUGCCUCACACCCACUCACCAGGGGCCACAUGCCUCACACCCACUCACCAGGGGCCACAUGCCUCACACCCACUCACCAGGGGCCACAUGCCUCACACCCACUCACCAGGGGCCACAUGCCUCACACCCACUCACCAGGGGCCACAUGCCUCACACCCACUCACCAGGGGCCACAUGCCUCACACCCACUCACCAGGGGCCACAUGCCUCACACCCACUCACCAGGGCCACAUGCCUCACACCCACUCACCAGGGCCCACAUGCCUCACACCCACUCACCAGGGGCCACAUGCCUCACACCCACUCACCAGGGGCCACAUGCCUCACACCCACUCACCAGGGCCCACAUGCCUCACACCCACUCACCAGGGGCCACAUGCCUCACACCCACUCACCAGGGCCCACAUGCCUCACACCCACUCACCAGGGGCCACAUGCCUCACACCCACUCACCAGGGCCCACAUGCCUCACACCCACUCACCAGGGGCCACAUGCCUCACACCCACUCACCAGGGCCCACAUGCCUCACACCCACUCACCAGGGGCCACAUGCCUCACACCCACUCACCAGGGGCCACAUGCCUCACACCCACUCACCAGGGGCCACAUGCCUCACACCCACUCACCAGGGCCCACAUGCCUCACACCCACUCACCAGGGGCCACAUGCCUCACACCCACUCACCAGGGCCCACAUGCCUCACACCCACUCACCAGGGGCCACAUGCCUCACACCCACUCACCAGGGGCCACAUGCCUCACACCCACUCACCAGGGGCCACAUGCCUCACACCCACUCACCAGGGGCCACAUGCCUCACACCCACUCACCAGGGGCCACAUGCCUCACACCCACUCACCAGGGCCCACAUGCCUCACACCCACUCACCAGGGGCCACAUGCCUCACACCCACUCACCAGGGGCCACAUGCCUCACACCCACUCACCAGGGCCCACAUGCCUCACACCCACUCACCAGGGGCCACAUGCCUCACACCCACUCACCAGGGGCCACAUGCCUCACACCCACUCACCAGGGCCCACAUGCCUCACACCCACUCACCAGGGGCCACAUGCCUCACACCCACUCACCAGGGCCCACAUGCCUCACACCCACUCACCAGGGGCCACAUGCCUCACACCCACUCACCAGGGCCCACAUGCCUCACACCCACUCACCAGGGGCCACAUGCCUCACACCCACUCACCAGGGGCCACAUGCCUCACACCCACUCACCAGGGCCCACAUGCCUCACACCCACUCACCAGGGGCCACAUGCCUCACACCCACUCACCAGGGGCCACAUGCCUCACACCCACUCACCAGGGCCCACAUGCCUCACACCCACUCACCAGGGGCCACAUGCCUCACACCCACUCACCAGGGGCCACAUGCCUCACACCCACUCACCAGGGCCCACAUGCCUCACACCCACUCACCAGGGGCCACAUGCCUCACACCCACUCACCAGGGGCCACAUGCCUCACACCCACUCACCAGGGGCCACAUGCCUCACACCCACUCACCAGGGGCCACAUGCCUCACACCCACUCACCAGGGGCCACAUGCCUCACACCCACUCACCAGGGCCCACAUGCCUCACACCCACUCACCAGGGGCCACAUGCCUCACACCCACUCACCAGGGGCCACAUGCCUCACACCCACUCACCAGGGCCCACAUGCCUCACACCCACUCACCAGGGGCCACAUGCCUCACACCCACUCACCAGGGGCCACAUGCCUCACACCCACUCACCAGGGCCCACAUGCCUCACACCCACUCACCAGGGGCCACAUGCCUCACACCCACUCACCAGGGGCCACAUGCCUCACACCCACUCACCAGGGCCCACAUGCCUCACACCCACUCACCAGGGGCCACAUGCCUCACACCCACUCACCAGGGGCCACAUGCCUCACACCCACUCACCAGGGCCCACAUGCCUCACACCCACUCACCAGGGGCCACAUGCCUCACACCCACUCACCAGGGGCCACAUGCCUCACACCCACUCACCAGGGCCCACAUGCCUCACACCCACUCACCAGGGGCCACAUGCCUCACACCCACUCACCAGGGCCCACAUGCCUCACACCCACUCACCAGGGGCCACAUGCCUCACACCCACUCACCAGGGGCCACAUGCCUCACACCCACUCACCAGGGGCCACAUGCCUCACACCCACUCACCAGGGGCCACAUGCCUCACACCCACUCACCAGGGGCCACAUGCCUCACACCCACUCACCAGGGCCCACAUGCCUCACACCCACUCACCAGGGCCCACAUGCCUCGGGAGGCGCAUGGGAGGGCGGCGGCAUGCUCUCUUCCAUCUCCGCCACCACCUCUCGCUGCCACUCUCCCAUCGUCCGCCCCCCACGCGCUCUGGUGCGCAUGAGGGCGUGCAGAUACGCGCGCUCGCGCUGCAGGUGGUGGCGCAUGCGGGGGGAGUCCAGCUCGUGCAUCCAGCUGACACGAAGGGCGGAGGCAGAGGGGGGCACGGGGAGGGGGGCAUAGAGGCGAAAACGACCCAAUGCGAAGAGCAGUGCGCGCACCUGUACCAGUCGACCCAGCUCUCCCCGUGUAGCUCCAUCGUCGCCCUCUCCCUCCUCGCCUCGGGCGCGCUAACGCUGCGCGCGCCGCGCUCUUUCCCCCGCUCACCCCAUCCCAACCACCGCGGUAUCUGCAAUCCGCGCCUCCCCCCACCCGCAUUCCCCCCCUCCCUGCCCACCGUUCCCCUCUCCCCGCACGCCGACCCCCCUCCCCCGACUAUCACCCCCCACGGCUCCCUAAGCGGAUGCGUUGUUUCCGCGCCCCAAUCCCCCAAGUUUCCGCUCCGCCAACACCUGCCAAGCGCCUCCGCCGAGAUGCCCUCCUUCCGCGUGAGAAGGCGAAAGCGCGGCGGAAAAUCGCGCCCCAUGCGCGCAUCAGCGGCGGAGCCUCCCCCCUCCCGCGGCAGCAUUCCCCUCGGGAAAUCCGCAUGGGGCAGCCUGGGGAGGAGGCGCAAGAAUCUCCCCCCAUGCAUGGUCGCGCGCAGCACUAGGCGCACUGUUGGCGGGACGCGCGGUUCAUACGGCAGCAGGGGGAGUUUGCUCUGUGUGCGCGAAACAGAAGGUGAUGGAGGGGAGAGCCGAAUGCAUGAUUCGCUAUUGAGUUGA